AUAUACACAUACAUAUUUGUGAACUUUUAUAUGUUAGUCUUUGAAGGUUGCAGGAGCGAAAGUUUGUUUUCUGAAAGUGAUGACUUUAAAGCCAAAAUACUUGUAAUUUCCAUUAGGCCAAAUAUGGAGACUAUAUAAAAUAAAUAAAUCGUGCUAUCAACAAUAACAAUUAAUUACUUCAGGAACCUGAUAUUCUUAGUCACCAAAUAAAACAUCCGCUCGCAUAGAGAUGAGGGCAUGAUUAAUCAAGUGAACUCUUAAAAAUUCGGAUGUGUCUGACACAGAUAAGCAAAUUUUGAUGCACAAAUAAAGAGUAUGCUCAACAACUAGCUAAAGUAAAAACAAACAAGAAAAGCCGUCUACCUUCGGCACACCGAAUAUAACAUACACUUGCUACUUAGACUACGGAUUUGAAGAUAUGUGGAGCGAAUUAUGAAGCCUUCAUUGCUGAGUUUGACAAAUGCAAUCGAUAACACAAUCGAUAGCCCCAUCGAGUUACAGUAGUAUAUAUUUUGUUGUUGCUUCAGUUGCGUCUCGUCUCGUGUGCCGUUCUUUGCGUAACGUUAGAUCCGUUGUUAUAUUAUUUUUAUUUUUGAAUAUAACUUGACAACAUGGUAUUAAUAAAGGAAUAUCGCGUUUGCAUGCCGCUUACUGUGGAGGAGUACAAAAUUGGACAGCUGUAUAUGAUUGCGCGCCACAGUCUGGAGCAGUCCGACGAAGGCGAAGGUGUCGAGGUGAUAGAUAACAAGCCCUGCGAAGAUCCCGUUCACGGCAAGGGACAGUACACGGAGAAACGCAUACACCUGUCCAGUCGGCUACCAUACUGGAUACAGGCUAUUUGCCCGCGCGUUUUCUACGUGACGGAAAAGUCAUGGAACUAUUAUCCCUACACACUAACAGAAUACACGUGCUCCUUCAUACCCAAAUUAAAUGUUUUAAUCAAGACCAAAUAUGAGAACAACAAUGGCAGCACUGAGAACUGCUUAGAUCUCAGCGAGGAAGAGUUGAAGGCGCGUUCAGUAGACCAUGUGGACAUUGCAUUUGACGAGUUCAGUGGCAAACAUUAUAAACGCGAAGAGGAUCCAAAGUUCUUUAAGUCAGAAAAGACAAAUCGUGGUCCACUUAUCGAGGGCUGGCGUGACUCUGAUACUCCUAUUAUGUGUUCCUACAAGGUGGUGCUGGCCAGCUUCGAGGUCUGGGGCCUGCAGACCAAGGUGGAAGACUUCAUACAGCGUGGCAUUCGGGAUAUUUUGCUUCUCGGCCAUCGCCAGGCCUUCGCUUGGGUGGAUGAAUGGCAUGGCAUGACCCUGGAGGAUGUACGCGCCUAUGAGCGACAAAAGCAAGCGGAAACCAAUGAGAAGGUUCAGUACAAUGCGAGUCCACAAGUAGCCAAGGAUAAUGAGGCUGCCGCAAAUGGUAGUACAACGCCCACGGAUGGGGGCAACUCUUAGAAUAUUGUUUAAAUGACAGCUAGUUGAAUUUUUGUGAAUGUUAUACCAAAUUUUUGCCAACAGGGCCGGCAGACAGUUUUAACCAAUAGCUCAAUAAGAUAAUGUUAUGGGACAUUGCGAGCUUACAAAUUUCUCAAGUCAUAGCCAUAGGAAGUACACAUAUAUACUACAUAUAUUAAUGGUCCAAACAAGCUCAAGAUACUGAAACUGACUUGCAGAUACACAUAGAAACAAAUAUGAGUACUACUCGUAACCAAAAAAGAAAAACAUCAACUACCUAUGUAACAUGAUGUGUUUACAUAUUUAUGAUUUGCAUAAGGAUAUAUUAAUGUGGGCAACUAUUUUAGGUUUGGUUUUUGUUAACUAUUCUCUUUAGUUAUUUGAUAUGUAUCCUCGUACAUAAUAUGCAGACGCUGUUGAUGAAAAUGCGCUGAUGACUUAAAUGUACAAAUACAAAAUUAAAAAUAAACGAACGUAACUUGUG